AUGUCGAUGCCCACCGGCGGCACGCCGUACCUCACGAUGGAGGAUCACCUUCCCAUGGCUGGAUCGGCCCCCUUUGAUAAGGAGGCCUUGGAUUUCACCAUGUGCGCCGAGGGCGCCAGCUCAUGGACAUACAAUGUUGCGGGCAAAGGCUUCGGGGACUCCUUCAACGCCAACAACGAGGCGUCACUCAUGAUGAACGCCCUCGACACCGAGGCCCAAAGCCUGGCCACAACGACCCCCUCUCGCGGGAGCAGCCUCCACAAGCUGGCCUCGCCUCUUGAUCCUCUGACCGGCAUCCAGUCCUUCGGGAUGGAUGCCAUGCUCAAUGGCGGGGCGCCUGGGUCGGAUGCUCGUUUGCACGAUGGUUCGCUCUUCUUCCUGAUGGAUGGCGGCCAAGCGAGCCGGCCAAGCGAGCUGCCCAAGGGCAUGGGGCUGGGCUUGAAUUCGCCGAGGAUCAUGGCCGAGUCGCUCUUUGCCCCGCUGGAUCACGGCCAGUCGGACGAGCUCUUGACCUCCUCGACGGCCCCGCUCGAGCCCAUUGGCCAAAGCCUCGAGGGCAUGUCUCUGGGCCUUCGGGCGCCGGCCGAGUCACGUCACUUGGCCCGGCCGGCCACGGCCCCGGAAUUGGGGCCCAGCUACACCAGGACCCGCAGCACUGCCACCCCGGCCCCCAUCGAGCCCGGCCCACGGCCAGGCACUUCCAAGUCGUCCCCCAAGGCCACGCUCAAGCCCAAGACCAUGGCCAAGGGGCCGGCCCGGAAUCCGGGGCCGAAGAGUGGAGACCCUCUGAGGGAGGCCCUUCGUCAGCCGGCUUCCUCCACGCCGGCGCCCCUGAACUAUCACCCCUACGUAGCGCCGAUGCCGUCUCAGCACUACGGGUCCGACUCGACUGGCUAUCUCCUUUACCCGGCUGCAAAGGCGCCACCGGCUCCCGGGCCCUAUGACAUGGCGCCAGGAGCCCAGCAUCUCGACUUCCAGCCAGCCCCCGGGCCUGGUGAGCAGUAUGACGGUCAUGACUCGGGAGCUGGGCAAUUCAUCGCCCACGAGGGUCCCAGCCCGGGCUCGCUGGGCUCGACGAACGAGGACUUUGACCUCGGGUCGGGGCCCAUGCACUCGGAGAUGCGCGCCCCGCCCCCACCACCGGAGCCCUAUGAGAUGCCGCCACCCGCUGGGGCUUAUGGCGGGCCGGCCGAGGCCGGGGGCUUCGAUCGCCAUGUCGCCUCCUCCGGUGGGACUUUGACCCACGCGCCGCAUGGCAUGCAGCCCGACCGGGGGUUCAUCUUCGCACCGAAGCCCAUCGAUGCCACUUCGGCUGCGCGGCUGUCGAGGCCACCCCACAGAUCCCAAGAGUCUCUCUGGCAUCCGGCUAGCAUGGAGCGUGGCCCGGUGUCGGAUGAGGGCAAGGCCCGCUCGAAGGGCGACAUGGGGUUCAGCCUCGGCCCCGACACCGAUACUGGGCUUUACAGCAUGGCGAGCGACCAGGCGCAACCAGCCGACAUGGUCUUCGACAUGAGCGACCAACCCUCCAGCAUGGGGCGAGGCCCGGCUCGGAUGGCCUCGCAGCAUGCUCAGCACAGCACCGUGUUGUCGGAGGCCGGUGCGGUUUCGGCCUCUGGCAUGUCGUCGCUGGCUCUGAACCCGCAUCAACAGCAUCAGCAGCAUCAUCAGUAUCAACAACACCAGCGGCAACAGCAGCUACAGCAACAGCACCAACAGCAGCACCAACAGGCUCUGCAACAACAGCAGCACCAACAGGCUCUGCAACAACAGCAGCACCAACAGGCUCUGCAACAACAGCAGCACCAACAGCAGCAGCAACAGCAGCAGCAACAGCAGCAGCAACAGCAGCAGCAACAGCAGCAGCAACAGCAGCAGCACCACCAGCAGCAACACCAGCAGCACCAACAGCAGCACCAACAGCAACAGCAACAGCAACAGCAACAGCAACAGCAACAGCGCCAAUACCAACAGCAACAUCAACAACACUAUCAUCAACCUCAACAGCAGCAGCAGCAACAGCAGCAGCAACAGCAGCAGCAUCAACCACAGCAGCAGCUCCAGCAAGCUCAGCACCACCAGCAACAUCAGCAGCACAAGCAACACCAGCAGCAGCAGCAGCAGCUCCGUCACCAGCCUCCCAGCUACCACGCCCAUCAGCACAUGCACCACCACCAGCCUCCCAGCUACCACGCCCAUCAGCACAUGCACCACCACCACCACUCGGCCUUGCAGACCGUCACCGAGGAGGAGAUCCCCUUCAUGCAGGGCUUUCCACAAGCCACCGGGGGGUAUCGGUCGGCUCCCAGCAGCCGGCCUUCCUCGUCGGAGUCCUUUGACCAGGCAUCGCGCUACUCGCUCGGCAUUGCCGGCCCACCACAUCGCAGCCACCCAUCCGAUGGGGGAUUUCACUACGCCCGGGGGAGUGCGUCCAAUCGAAGCCAAUCCGCCGAGGGGGAUUUCCAUCCGGGCCAGUCGGGCGCCCCGCCAUCCAUCUCCAUCACGAUCGGCGAGCAGAGCUGCAGCGGGCCACUCUCGGCGCCGGUCUACUAUCAGCCACAUUUGGCUGCCGGGUCGGAGGCCCGGCCGUCCAGUUCCAACGACAGCAGCCCGUCCACCCACUUGCCGGAUCACCCCGCCGCUGCCAUGUCCCUGGGCAGGAUGAUGCCACCGACCGGCCAGCCGGCCCCGGUGGUCUCGAGCCCGGGGGCGUCGGACUUCCGGACCGGGCAGCCGAUGGGCCCGGCGCCAGUGCCGAUGCCCGGCGGCCGACGCAUGAGCGAGCCGAGCAUUUUGCUCCACACCCAACACCGGCGCGCCUCCUUCUCGGCCAUCUCCACCUCCAGCCAUGGCGGGGGCUAUGCUGACCAAGGCCCAUCGGGCUACUUGGGGCCCUUUUCCGCGGGCAUGAGUGCCCCGUCCGCGGCACACUCCUCGCCCGGGCCUUCAGGGGAUUCCUUCUUCGUGCGCCAGUAUACCCCAGUGCCAUUCGACAGCGGGGCGCGACUUGAUCAGGCCUUCGAGCCUGCGACUCAGCGACUCGUCACCCCCGCGGCCGGGGGCACGGGCGUCGGGCCGUCGUCCGCCACCGCGACCGCGACGCCGACCGCCGGAAUGGGCAUCGCCCAUUCCGACGCCGCCGGCUAUGCCAACACUGCCGACGAAACCAUGGCCGAGCUACCGGAGCAUCCUGGCAGCAGUAUCGGCAUCCGGCGGGGGUCGCUCGGUCAGGAGGGUGUCCACUCGCGCGGGGGCACUCCGGCUGCUCCGAUGGCCGACAUGCCCCCGGGACCCCCGGCCAUGGGCGGCACGGGUGCCUUCUAUUCCGGCCACUGUGGCCCGGCCGGUGGCGAGCCCCAUGCCCGAGCCGACAACUAUGGCACUUUUUCGACCCCUGGCGUCAUCAUGCCGCCGAUGUCCCUGGCCAAGUCGCACCUGGUGGCCGGCCGGCGGCACUCGGUGCACACGUUGCCAAGUGGCGAAAUGGGACCCGCAUCCGUCGGACCGGUGCCCCCGCGCGCGUCGUCUGUCACGCCCACCGAGUCCAUGGGUCCCUCCGGCCGGCAUGCGCUUCUCCGGCCGCCGCACCAUGAUGUGCGGCCUCAGCCCGGGCUGCUGUCCGCUCCUCCGGCGAGCCCGGGCUCUCAGUCGCAUCUGGCAGCACCGCCGGCCCCGUCGCCGCUGCCGCCGCUGCCGCCGCCGCCGCUGCCACCGCCAUCUGCCAACCGGCAGCCCGAGCCCACGCCACCGCGGGCGCCGCUCCUGCCCGCCAACGAGGCCACCCCCCCGCGGUCGAUGUCAUCGUCGACCCCUUCCGCCGGGCCAUUGGCUCUUUCAUCGCACCCGGGGCCCAUGCGCUCGGGCCACCUACCGGGCCCCUUCCGCACGGUGAGCUGCGAUACACUUCUCGCCGCCAGCAGCCAGGGGCUCUCUCUGAGCUCCACGGCCUCCGAUGACCUCAAGUCGGCCGCCACCUCCUUCCGGAUCUCCCUCGCCCGGGAGGCUCGCGAGGGCGACACCCCGCUGGAAGCCCUCACCGAACGGGCCGGCUCGACGUUGCGAGCCCUUGCAUUGCCGCCGCCGCCGCCGCCGCCGCCACCGCCACCGCCACCGUCACCGCCGCUGCUGCUGUUGCCCCCGGCACCCUCGCCGACGGCCCACACCGCGGACAAGGAGCCUCCCGGCAGGCCUCCGGUCGGAGCUCCACUCCCACGGCCGCAGACAUCUCCCCAAAGGUCGAAGUCCCGCCAGGCCUCAUCGCUGGAAGAGGAGCCCGAUCGGCGGCAUGGCGCCAAGCCGCGUCGGGCCUCGGUUCCGGUGCUGCCCAUUCACCGGGUCAACCAGCGCUCGGUGCCGUUUGGCGAGCUGUCGCCCGGCCUGGCGGCCCUCGAGCCGGCGACACAUGCCCCCGGCCAAAGUGGCUUCUCCAGGGCCGGCCCCGCGGCCGGACCCCACACCGACAGCCCGCCGUACGGCCAGUCGCAGCCACCGAUGCCGCGGGGCCGGUCGGUGUCCCUCGGCCAGGAGGACCACCCCCAGUGGGCACCUGCGCGGCGGUUCUCCUUCAGCGACUUGCCCCUGGCCGAGGAGGCCUCCCAUCGUCCGAGCCCCCCGGUACCGGGGCCGCUGAUCAUUCGGUCGAUGUCGCUGGAUUCGCCGUUGGCCCUGGCGCCGCUGCAUGACAGCAACACCCCCCUCGAGUCAUUGCCACCCGCCAGCCCGCAGAGCGCCCCGCCGGUGUCCGAGGCUGCCCCGGCCCCGGCGGCGCCCCAGCCGUUGUCCAAACGCCAGCGCGUGGACCGGUCGCCGGUCUUGCGCCCGGAUGUCCACCAGCCGGACUUGGGUCCAUGCCAGGAGGGCACGCAUCAGGCUCCCCCAGCCGGGACUCGGGGCAAGUCGGCGGAGGAGCCCGAGCGGCCGGGCCACCGCCCGAAUGAGGAGAGGUCUUUGGACGAGAUCGAGCGCGAGCAGGCGGCCCUGCGCCGUCUGCUGCAGGAGCAGCAGGAGGAGCUCAAGAAGCAGCAGCUCAUCCUCAAGCAGCAGCUCCUGCACCAGAAGCGCCAGCAGGAGCAACUUCUCGUCAGCCAGAAGGCCCUCGAGCGCCAGCACAUGCUCCAUCACCACCAUCAGCUGCUCCUGCGCCAGCAACACAAUCAGACCAUCCAGCCGGCUGGGGCCUUUGCACCGAGCAUCCAUCCGGGCGGCAGCACCAGCGGCCCAAUGCCCAAUGCCCUGCCGGCAACGUCAACCAUUGCCGACUCGCUGGCACUCAUGAUGCAACUUCAGACAGCCAUGGCGGUCGACAGCGCGACCUUCUCAACGCAGGGGCUGCGCGAUGGGCUCCUGCCCUCCGGUCUGUGGGGCAUGCCCAAGACCAUGCCCACCAACCCGAUGACGCUUCUCUCAUCGUCGUCGUCGUCGUCGUCCUCCUCCUCCUCCUCCUCCUCCUCCGCCGCCGCCCUCUCAUCUUCCUCUGCUGCCGCCGCCGGCGCCGCCACCGCUUUGGAGCCUCCACCGCCCCGUGUGCUGAAGCAGUCGCCGGCCGCCUGUCCGACCAAGGCCCCGGAGGCCAGGCUUCCCAGCCGGGCCGGAACCGGCCCGCGAGCCAGGACCCCCUCCCCCGGCAGCAAGGAACAACAGCCGGCAAGUCAGGACUGCCGUCGGGACGGGCGCCAGGCUGAUAGCGCCGAGGGCGAUGUUGAGGGCGGCUCUUCCAGCAGCGUCGCCAACAGGGCCAACCCGCCGGGGAUGGGGCCCAGCCCGGUCACCAACACACGCAGCAGCGACGGCGGCGGGACCGGCACCGGCACCGGCACCGGCACCGGCACCGGCAGCUCGGCUGGCAGGCCCGCGUCCACGGGCCAGACUCCUUUCGCCCCCUCGGACCGGGCUCAGCCCUUCCUUAAUGAGGACCCAGGCCAGCUCCCUGGCCCGGGCACGUGCGGAGCCUCGAGCAAGGGCGGCUGCUCGGCCUCUCCCCCGGCGACGGCCCAAACCAUGGACGACGGUCGGCAGUUUGCGCCAUCGACCGGCAACUGCUCGGGCACCGACGCCGGGCACUCCUCGGCCGGCUCGCCCCCCUCGGAUGCCUUGAAGGUCAUCACCACAAGCGAGGGCAAUGCCUGGGUGCUCCGACGGCGGAAUCGCACACGGGCCUCGCAGUCGGCGAACUACAUCCGCCGGCCGAUGAACGCCUUCCUGCUGUUCCGUCAGCACCGGUCCGCCGAGCUGGCCCAAGAGGCCAUCAACUUGCAGGAGCGCGAAAUCCUCCGCAUGGCCCAGGGCAUCCCCAACACCGGGCCCGACAGCAGUGACACCCUGUCCGAGAGCCGGUCUCGGACCCCGUCAGUCGGCCCCGGCGGCGGCGGCGGCGGCGGCGGCGGCACCGGGUCGGCAUUGACCGCCAGCGAUCUCCUCACCGGGCCCGUGCAGCUGCGCGUCCUCUCCACCAGCCCCAUUGACUCCUCGGACUCGGCCCAGGAAACCCCCUCGACAUCGGACAAGAGGCCCUCCCCCCGGCGGAAGACCACCCUCAUGGUCAAGUCCCUCGGCAUGAACAAUCUAGACCUGAGCCGGGCCCUUGGCAAUGAGUGGCGUCAGAUGGACGACGCCAAGCGCGCCUACUGGUACCAGAAGGCCAAUGAACUGAAGGAGGAGCAUGAGCGCAAUCAUCCCGACUGGAAGUUCAUGCCGCGGGCGCGCUCGCGGGCGCGCCCUCCGCUGGCCACUUCCUCGAGCGGCACCUCGACUGCUGCUACUUCGCCCGGGCAGUUUGACGCGACACCCGGCUCCCAGGCCCCGGCCAACCUCAGGACCGACCUGGCCGCUCCCUCGCCGGGGGAUAUGCCACAGCCCCCUCCAUCCCCCAUGAACGUCUACAUGCCUGUCCAGGCAUCGGCCGCCCAGGCACAUGGGAAUCUCUCCUGCACUUCCAUGCCAACGCACGCCGCCCUCGCGGCCGGCGAUGUGGCCAGGCCACCGUCCCUGGAAAAGGCCCCUCCCCCAGGGAUGCCCUCUCAUGGGCCAGUCGCCCUGGCCCGGGCUGAAGGCAGUGGCCCUGUCAUGUCGCCCGCCUCGGCUCGGGACAGCAUGGCGUCCGCGAAUCCGGCGAUCUUUUCAUCGGCCCCCGAUCCGAUGGUCGGGCCCGGGUGCCCCGCAGUCCCGCCGAACCCCACGCCAGCGGUCAGCUCCCCCACUGCGGAAGCCGCUGGCAGCGGCCCGGACCAGCCUGCCCUGGCCCCGGGGGCCACCCUGCGCCCCUCGGUGGAAGACCAGUUCGGGCAUCGAGUCUGCAAGAUGGAGAUGUGA